AUGAGCGCGAAGGACUCGCGGCUGCCGCUGGGCGCUGUGCGCACCGCCGACGGGGAGGUGGUGGUGCCGGCGUCGCGUCGGGCGGACGGCUCCACGCGCAAGCCCAUCCGCAUCCGCCAGGGCUACGUGCCGCAGGACGAGGUGCCCAAGUACAAGACCGUCGCGCAGCGACGACGCGAACAAGAGGCCAAGCGAGCCGCAGAGGAGAAAUCGAGUGGCGACCCUGCGGUUGAUGAACUGUCGCUGGAUAAACUCUCGCUGGAGCAGAAGAGGGAGGCGCCGGCAGCGCGAGAGCGACCGCGUACGGGCGGCGACAGAGCUCCACGGCAAGAGCGAGAGCGUCGGCAGCCGCCUAAAAAAGACAUGAAAACACCGAGGGAUUCUGGUGCUGGGGCUGCUGUCGAGUCGUCGACGGGAGAUCGCCAGCAGCAGCUGAAGCGGCAGCUGACGAAGAUCAAUAAGCAACUCAAAGACAUCGCGAAGCUGCAGGAUGCAGACGCUGCGUCUCUCACGACGCAGCAGAAGCAGAAGAUCGAGCAGAAGACAGCGCUGCAGCAGCAGCGAAACGAGAUCAUUGCGGAGCUGAAUGGCGCCACCGUCACGAGAAGCAGCGCAUCGACUACCGGACCCCGACCCAAAGUAGCAAUUAGUUUGUAG